GCUUAAAAUGGCUGCAGCCGCUGCUCGCCUGAAGCGUCUCGUCUCCAAAAAGAAGCGGCGAUUCAACGAAGGAGGAUUUGAUCUCGAUUUGACAUAUAUUAAUCGAAACCUAAUUGCUAUGGGGUUUCCAGCCGAGAGGCUUGAGGGAAUUUACAGAAACAGAAUGGAAGACAUUGUCAGGUUUUUUGACAGCAAACAUCCUAACCAUUAUAAAGUGUACAAUCUUUGUUCUGAACGCUGGUAUGAACCCACAAAGUUUCAUGAUAGUUCAGCAUACUAUCCAUUCGAUGAUCACAAUCCUCCUCCAUUUGAGAUGAUUGAGCCGUUCUGCGAGGAUGUUCAUAAGCAUUUAACUGGAAACAAAGACAAUGUAGCAGUUGUGCACUGCAAGGCUGGGAAAGGAAGAACGGGUGUGAUGAUCUGCUGCUAUAUGCUGCACUCAGGACAGUUUGAUGAGAGUUGGAGAGCACUGCAGUAUUAUGGAGAGGCUCGAACAAAAAAUGCUAAAGGUGUUACAAUUCCUAGUCAAAGGCGUUAUGUCCUCUAUUAUGACUACUUUCUCAAACACAAAUUGAUGUAUGUGCCUGAGACUCUCGUCCUCACAGGCUUUGUAUUGAACACUGUACCAAACUUCAGUCGUGGCUGCAGUCCAUUUUUUGUUGUCUCUGAAAUGUUUGGGAUGUCACAUUUGUCUCCAAACUAUGAGUUUAUUCCUGUUGAGAAGGAGAGUGUGGAGCUUCGUUUGCCAAUACCUAUUCCUGUCAGUGGAGAUGUGAAAGUUGAGUUUUUCCAUCAAAUAAACAGAAUCAGGAAGGAAAAGAUGUUUCACUUCUGGUUUAAUACAUUUUUUGUCAGUUUCGGAAACUUGGAUGGCAGGGUUGGAGCAACAGAAUCACACUGCAGUGGCAUAAUGCGACGCUGUGAUUCUGUCAUUCUUACACUUAAUAAAGAUGACAUUGAAAAAGCAAACAAAGACAAUAGACACUUCACAAAGCAAUUUCAAGUGAAGGUUUUGCUCAGCAAGAUUGGAGUGAGUGAAGAAUAUUGUGUCGCCAGAGAACAGGAGACAUUUGAUGGUAUGGAGAAUGAAGAUGAUACUUUUGAUUACUCAGAUACAGAAGAUGAAGAUGAGGAUGAGUGGAGUGAGUUUCUGAUUUAUGCUGGUCUUGUUGACUGCUUAACUGACCAAAUGUCUUUGUAAGUUAAUGAACAAGACCUUACACAAUUGACAGAGGAAGUAGUUGUCUGAUGUCUAUAUUAGAUGUUGGUUUUCAAUGAAGAGUCACAUGUCAAUCAUUUUGAAAUAUCUUGGAUUGUCACGUGACUAAUUUAAUUGCGUUAUUGUACUGAUCAGUGCUCAUUAAUUACUAAAACCUGAUGUAAUAUUUGCUUAAUUAAAAUAUUUCUCUAAACUUGAUAUAAAUUUGGCACAAAUGCUGGUCAAAUUUGGUAUAGUGCGAUGUAGAAUAACUCUGCUGAUAUUGAUGUAAACUGCAAAAUAAAUCCAGGAAUA